CAAGGGAAACGAACACGGACAUGCCGUUUGAUGAGCUGAAGCACAUAUCGAUGUAUAAACUACUAAUAAACGGAUGAAAUGCGCAGAAUGGAACGUGUAAUGAAAGCGUGCUCUUGAAAAUUUAAUAAGAGAUGAGGCCAUAUUUAUCGGUAACACCCGACUGAUGUUUAUAGCGAACCCAUCCAAUGGAAACGACUGGUUUAAUUCAUCUUUUCUAAACGAAGACUGAUGUUGUCAACACCAGUGGUCUCACAGCGUUGGACGUUCACAGCGUAAAGGAACUCUCUUAGGGCACACCACAUAAAGAACUGUGAGGAAUUAAAAGAAUAGUUCGCAUCGACUGGGUUCUUUGUAAUUACCAAAAUGACCGUCAAACUGGAUUUUGAAGAAUGCCUAAAAGACUCCCCGCGAUUCAGGGCAGAAAUCGAGAAGGUGGAGGUCAACGUCAAUGAGCUGGAGACGAGACUCGAGAAGUUGGUGAAACAGUGCCACACUAUGCUGGAUGCAGGCCGUGCCUAUUGCCAGAACAGUAAGAGCUUUGUAAAUGGCCUCAAAGAGCUGGGACACCACUGUUCUGAGGACCGAACCAUGGGGGAAUGUUUAGAAAAGUUUUCUAAAAAGCUGUCAGACAUCGUCACUGCUCAAGAGGAGGUGAUUGAAACCACACAAAAGUCUGUGAAGUUGAAGCUACAGAAUUUUGUGAAAGAGGAUGUGAAGCGUUUUAAGGAUGUACGGAAGGAGUUUGAGCGUAGCAGUGAGAACCUGGAGGCAGCGCAGAGCAGGAACGCACAGGCACCUCGCGGAAAACAGCAUGAGGUGGAAGAAGCCAGCAAUAACCUCUUGAACACACGCAGAGCCUUCAGGUCAGGGGCACUGGACUAUGUGCUGCAGAUUAAUGUCAUUGAGUCCAGGAAGAAGACUGAAAUUCUAAUGGCGAUGCUUUCUCUUAUGGAGGCCCAGGCUUUGUUCUUCCAGCAAGGCUACCAGUCACUCACAGAACUGGAAAGCUACCGCAAGCAACUGAGUGAGGAGUAUACUCAACUAGUCCUGAAUUCUGCAAGAGAGAAAAGGGACAUGGAGCAGAGACAUGGUGCUGUCAAGAAAAAGGAUGUGUCAUAUGAUGACUCCAUAAUGGACUUCAGCCCAGAUGCACCCAAUGGCAUCGCGAUGGAAGGUUACCUGUACAAGAGAGCCAGCAAUGCUUUUAAAACAUGGAGCAGGCGCUGGUUCUCCAUUCAGAAGAACCAGUUGGUUUACCAAAAGAAACAUAAUGAGCAGAUCACUGUUGUUGUGGAGGACUUGCGUUUAUGCACAGUGAAGCCCAGCAGUGAACAAGACAGACGAUUCUGCUUUGAGGUCGUCUCUCCCUCCAAGAGCUGUUUAUUACAGGCUGAUUCAGAGCGACAGCACCAAAGCUGGAUCAGCGCUGUCCAGAACAGCAUCGCCUCAGCAUUCCAGGACAGAAGAGAUGACAAUCUUGGCCCUAGAGAUCGCUGUAGCUCAGUGUCUGCGGGAAGUGUGCGUUUGAGUGCAGGGGAGCCGGAACCGUCUGGUCGGGAGGCUCUGGAGGAGGUGCAGGCCAUCUCAGGGAACGGGCAGUGCUGUGACUGCGGGGAGCCUGGACCCGACUGGGCCUCUAUCAAUCUGGGCAUCACGCUGUGCAUUACCUGCUCUGGCAUACACAGGAGUUUAGGUGUCCACUUCUCGAAGGUACGAUCCCUGACGCUGGACUCAUGGGAGCCAGAGCUCAUCAAACUCAUGUGUGAGUUAGGAAACACAGCCAUUAACAAGAUCUAUGAGGCGCGUAUUGAUGAGAUCACAAUCAAGAAACCCCAUCCCUCUAGUCCAAGACAAGAUAAGGAGUCGUGGAUUCGUUCUAAAUAUGUAGAGAAGAAAUUCAUCCACAAGCUCCCGGAGACUGGUCGAGGAACGGUCCUGCUGCGCUCCAGUGCCCAACGGAACAGAGCAGCCACACAGGACAAACCCAACACACGCCCUGCCCUCAAACCCAAACCCAACCGAGCCACUCUGCCACGACUCACGGGCCUGAACCCAAGUGACAUAAUGAAGAACAAUUCCAGCUCUCAUAAAGAGAAUAAUGAAGAGGAGGAUCUGAGUGGUCUUCAUCCCGGGGCUUUGCUGUAUCGAUCUGCAGCAAUGCAGCAUUUCCCUCUCAUGGCAGACGCUCUGGCGCACGGCGCUGAUGUCAACUGGGUCAAUGUGGCUGAAGACAGCAAAACUCCACUAAUACAAGCCGCUAUGGUUAAUUCCUUGGCAGCCUGUGAGUUUCUCCUACAGAACGGUGCUAAUGUUAACCAGGUGGACUCAAACGAA